AUGUCGUCGCCAUCCUCUACGUCUUCCGUCAAGCGGAAAAGGACAGUCGCCCCAACCGAUAUCCAACAGCCAUCGUCGCGCGACGCCUCAGGCGAAGAGCUGGCCGAUGCGCCCUCAAACAAUCCGCGAAACCGCAAACAUGCCUCGAGUAAUUCUAUUGACAGCGCAGUGCCGCCCAGUAAGCGAGCUCGCACCCGGUCCAUUGCCAAACCCGUCGAGUCCAAUGGAGUGAUGGAAAGAGAUGGUGUCGAUGAGGAAGACCCCGGCGAACCCUCAAGCACUACCGUGGAUAGCCAGGAGAUUGAGGAAACAAGCCGGAAAAGGCAAAGGACCGUCACAAGUGCAAUGAAGAAGGCCAUUGUCAACGAGGGCCGGGAGACAAUGGAGGAUGUACCAAAGGCAGGCAUGAGAGAUCCCGUUGGGGGAUAUAAGACCAAUCCACCACCCGUGGGUAGGCCUGUCAGAGUCUAUGCCGACGGAGUUUUUGACCUCUUUCACCUUGGACACAUGCGCCAGCUUGAACAAGCCAAAACUGCGUUCCCAGACACCUAUCUCAUAGUCGGAGUUACGGGAGACGCCGAGACACACAAACGCAAAGGUCUGACCGUGCUCACCGGAGCAGAGAGAGCAGAGACGCUUCGCCACUGCAGAUGGGUGGACGAAGUCAUUCCCAACUGCCCAUGGAUUGUGACACCAGAGUUCCUGGAAAAGCAUAAGAUUGAUUAUGUAGCCCACGACGACGAGCCCUAUGGCGCCGAUGAAGGGGACGACAUCUAUGCACCUAUCAAAAAGGAGGGCAAAUUUCUCGUCACGCAGCGAACCGAGGGUGUCUCAACAACCGGAAUCAUCACGAAGAUUGUCCGAGACUAUGAAAAGUAUAUCGUUCGCCAGCUCAAGAGAGGCACUAGCCGACAGGAGCUGAACAUUAGCUGGCUUAAGAAGAACGAACUUGAUCUCAAGAGGCAUAUGCAAGAGCUGAGAGACAGCGUCAAGUCCAACUGGAUCACAGCCGGAGGAGAGAUCUCGCGGGAUCUCCGUUCAUUCUGGACCAACGCCAGCUCGAGACCCGCGAGUCCGGCUCCGUUUAACAGACAACUGAGCGAUUCAGCUCUCAAGAGUCCCCUCAGCGGUGGCAUGACUGCCGUCGAGCAAUUGAAACAGUUAGAGAACGCCAUUAACCCAGAGAAGCGAGGCGACUCUCCUGGCAGACUCAGUAGAAGCGAGGACUUUGCCGCCGGAUAUAGCUUGGGAUUGAUUGGAGGUGUCAAGUCAUGGAUGAUGCGAGGCAAACGGGCUCUUCGCGACAGCCAGGCGCCCAGUCCAGAAGGAAGCGAGGAUGAUGAAGCUAGAAGCCCUAUCAGCAACGACGGAGAGAGUGACAUAUUCGGGUUAAAGACGCCUCCCCUGGGCUCAAUCCGGGGGAGAAAGGGCAAGUACGCUAAGAGCGAUACCGACGAGCCCAAGCGAGAGGCCAUGGAUGUGAUGCAUUGA